CACGCCUCCGCUCCGUCUUCCCAACCAACACUUCCUGUACACGCAUACAAGGACCUGCUAUCAUGCCUACUUACUUCGAGACCGUCAGAAAGUCGUAUGCAGAUGUGAUCAUCAAUGAGGAGGGAGUCGAUACAUCACAGUUCUUAGAGGCCACCGAAGGAGUCAUCAAACUCUUUGAUUUACUGGGCAAUGCUGCGUUCACCAUUGUGCAGAACGACAUGAGUGCGAAUGUAAAGGUGAGUAGUUCAGGGAAAGUAAAGGAUCGUCUCCUCGCCGCUCCCACCCAGUCCCACUCCCUCGAGCUGCUGGUACAGAACGAGGGAGCUCCAGGAGACAAGAAGCGACCGGCUACGGAAGGCCUCAUGUGGCUGCUGAGAGGACUGGACUUCACGGCAAAGGCCCUCCGGAGCUCGCUGGGCAACAAGUCCGAGGAAUUGGCAGAUAGCUUUAGGAAGGCUUACGAGGGCAGCUUGAAGCAGUACCACAACUUUGUUGUGAAGGGAGCAUUCAGCCUCGCCAUGAAGGCUUGCCCGUACAGGACAGACUUCUACGCCAAGCUAGGUUCGCCUCCCGAGAAGGUCGACGAGGAGCUGGAGAAGUGGCUGAAUGCACUGGAAAAGAUCAUCAGCAGGAUGCAAACUCUGUACCUGCAAAAGAAUUACGCAAAGGGUCUCUAGGUUGAAGGUCAUUGUAGAUGUAGAUAUCAAAGAAUCGAGAGUCCAGCGUGGCCGGAGUCGCAGGGCAGAGGAUGCAGCAUGACACAGCUCGAAGUCUCUUGACUGGCUUCGAUGCCGUUGGUAUCUCUUCGAGGAUGCUCAAUGCGUCAAUGUCACGCAGCCGCCAGUCCAUUGCACCAUCUGCAGCCAGCGGAGGUGUUGGUCUCCCGUUCCGCUUCGCGUUCGCCUUCUCCACUUGACUCGACAGAGUGUGC